UUUGCUCAACACCUUCCUCUCUCCCUCUAUAAAUUGCAGGUUUCAGUGGAUACCUGGCUGAUCUGUUCUCUCUGUUGUUGGGGAAGAAAGAAGCGUAACAGACCAUGGCUCCUUGGCCUGAAGUGGACAAGCCUGAAGCCAAUAACUGCAUUGAUGAAUCCUCCAAGCAAACACAGCCUGUGACUGCAAAAGAUGGAGGCAAUGUGGUUUCGACAGGGAAUAUUCAGCCUGGAUAUUCUACAAUUGCCUUGAUAAAUCAGACAGGGACAGAAGAAGAUGAUGACCCUUGGACAGUGCCAGACCUUCCGGACACUGGGAUCAAGUGGUCAGAUCGGGAUAUGAAAGGAAAACUACUCUUUGUACUCCAAGGGUUAGGAAAGCUUGUUCUCAUGCUUGGAUUACUCUAUUUAUUUGUGUGCUCCUUGGAUGUUCUAAGCUCUGGCUUCCAAUUGGUAGGAGGUAAAGCAGCUGGGGACAUUUUUCGAGAUGAUUCUGUGCUGUCAAAUCCAGUGGCUGGACUAGUGAUUGGAGUUUUGGUGACAGUCAUGGUACAAAGCUCUAGCACCUCUUCAUCUAUUAUAGUCAGCAUGGUGUCUUCUUCAUUGUUGACUGUACAAGCUGCUAUUCCUAUCAUAAUGGGGGCAAAUAUUGGUACCUCAAUUACAAACACAAUUGUGGCACUUAUGCAAGCUGGAGAAAGGAAUGAAUUUAGAAGGGCCUUUGCUGGAGCUACAGUCCAUGAUUUCUUUAACUGGCUUGCAGUGUUUGUGCUGUUGCCUAUAGAAGUUGCUACUGGUUAUCUUUAUCAUCUAACUAAUGUUAUAGUUAAAUCCUUUAAUCUUGAGACGGGUGAAGAUGCCCCUCAGCUACUAAAAGUUAUCACAGAUCCUUUUACAAAGCUUAUCAUUGAGCUUGAUAAAUCUGUAAUAAAUGCAAUUGCUAUGAAUGAUGACUCAGCGAAAAAUAGAAGCCUGGUGAAGAUUUGGUGCCUAACUAACACCAGUGUGACAUUGCAGAAUGUCACAAUCCCACCCUCAGAAAACUGCACAUCUCCUGACCUUUGCUGGACUUCAGGCAACAUAACAUGGACCAUCAAAAAUAUAACUGAAGUAGACAAUAUUGCAAAAUGCAAGCAUAUCUUUGUGGAUGCAGAUCUUCCAGAUCUUGGUAUUGGUCUCAUUCUCCUUGCAUUUUCUUUGAUAACUCUCUGUGGGUGUUUGGUGAUGAUCGUUAAGCUACUGAAUUCUGUCCUUAAAGGACGAAUGGCCAGUAUCAUCAAGAAGACUAUCAAUACUGAUUUCCCAUAUCCUUUUACAUGGCUUGCUGGAUACCUGGCAAUGGUGGUUGGAGCUGGUAUGACCUUCAUUGUCCAAAGUAGUUCUGUUUUUACAUCUGCUAUUACACCACUGGUUGGUAUUGGCGUUAUAAGCAUUCAACGUGCUUAUCCUCUUACCUUAGGAUCUAACAUUGGUACAACUACAACAGCUAUACUUGCAGCUUUAGCGAGUCCAGGAAGUACAUUACAGUAUUCAUUACAGAUCGCCCUGUGCCACUUUUUUUUCAAUGUUUCUGGAAUUAUUCUUUUUUAUCCAAUACCUUACACCAGGCUCCCCAUCCACUUGGCCAAGGUGUUGGGGAACAUAACAGCCACAUACAGAUGGUUUUCAGGUUUUUAUCUCUUCAUCUGCUUCUUUUUAAUACCUGUGGGUGUGCUCUUCCUGUCAAUGGCUGGCUGGCAAGUCCUCUUGGGCGUUUGUGGUCCCAUACUACUUUUAUUUAUUGCAAUAGUGGUAAUUAAUGUUCUACAGUCUAAAAAGCCACAUAUACUGCCUGCAAAACUCCAGAACUGGGACUACCUUCCCUUGUGGAUGCGAUCCCUGCAGCCAUGGGAUGAUAUGAUAACGUCUUCGAUGACCUUCUGUAGAGAACGCUGCUGCUGCUACUGCAAGGCCUGCAAACGCAACAGGGAAGAAGCGGCUGUCAAAGACCGGCAGAUAAAGGCCCUGGAAGUUUAUGAAAACACCGUUGCAAUGGCAUGUGAUGAAAACCGUGUUCCAAAACCACAGCCUGCAGCUGGUUCACAACCUGCGAUGGGCUCUAACAACACAGCUUUAUAGUAGGAGAUCAACCUGCAUUAACAAAGACACAGUAUAGCACAAUCAGUCUCUUGAAAAUCAGUUUGGACAAUGCACUGAGGACUAAAUGAAAGUUUCCUUAGUUUUCUGAUUCCAGUGCUACACUACUCAUCAAGGAAUGGAGUAGAACAAAUUCUACAGGGUGCCCAGUAAGUCUCAGAUCAGGUAAAAAGCUGAGAAUAGAUCUGUGUCUGGAGGAUGUUCUAUAUGGUUAGUAGUACCAAACACAAGAAAUGUCGAUGCACUCCAACUUAACAGAGGAUGGCUGAAAUAAGUUCAGAGGCUUAUGAACUUAACAAAACAAUGUAAUGUGUUGAACAUUCUCCCUGAAUCAUACUGGUAUUAAACCAAACUCAUUCUAUGAUAUAAAAAAGGUUUUGUGAGAGAAAAAAACAAAUCAAAAGAAUGAAAAUGUUUUCACAUGUUCAUUUCCUUCAGUGUUAGAGAGCUUAGUUGCUAUAUUUUGUGAUGUCUAGCUAAAGGCCAAAAUGUAAGUAUUUUAAAUUGCUGGUGCAUUUGCCUUUGGAAGAUAUAAGUUGGUUGAAGAUCGGCUGUCCAUUAAGGGAGUAACUACUGAAGAAUUUGAAGGAGACUUGUACUAAACCUCAAAACAGGCUUUUAAAAUAGUGGUAAGGAUUGGAUUAAGAGCUGCAAAAACAAGGAUGCUUUGGGUUCAACACUGGCUAGUGCAUGGUGUGUUAUAAGAUCACACAUUCCUAGGACUCUUUUAAUAUUUAAUGUGGAGAAAAUGUGUGUUAACUCUAACCAUUUGCAGCAUGAUCGAUAUCAAUGUCCUUGGAGUUGCUAUAGUGCCUUAUGGCAAUUUGUGCUGACAGUGUUAUAAAGUCAUCUAUUGGAAAUCUGUAUCCCUAAUAAAAAUCCAUGGGUUAAGUAGCAAUCCAGCACAGGCUGGAAAGCCCCUUGUUUUCAAUGUUGUUGUGUUAAUAAAUGCCAGUCUGCAACUCUGACUAGCUGCAACAUUUCAGUGUUAUAAAAUGAGCCAGUUCAGGAAAUAUUAAAGCAUUUGACAUCAGUGAAGUUCUGCUGGCUUGCAGCAGCAUAAAAUGACCAAUUUCUGGGAGACGGAAGAGUUGAGAGGGUGCAAUGUGUGAGGGCUGCAAGUCAUGGGGGGG